AUGUUUGGCACUGCUCCGCUUUCUUUCAAUGAUAAAAAGGGGAAAUUUAUUGUUUCCUUUGGUUGGAAAUGUUAUUCUGCCAUUGUCACUUCAUUACUUAUAGUACUGAUAUACUGCGGUAUGCAGAGACGAAUGUCACAGCUGCACAUAACUAUGGGUGACCUUGUAUUACCUAUCGAUACUUUUAAUAUUCUUCUCGGAGAUGUUUCAGGUAUUGUAUUAAUAUUACGAAGCAUUAGCCUGAAGCAGAGAUGCGUUGAUAUGUGGUGCUUGAAUCUACUUUCAGUUGAUAUGUUUCUACACAGAAAUAGUGAGCCUGAAUACUUCAAAAUAUCUAAACUUCUGCAACGGAUGCUUUUCAUGGUGAUGCUUUUAUCACUUGUAUUGUUUGGUGGAUACAUGUGGCUCCCUGAAUACCGGUUUCAGCUUGACCUACUGUUUCCAUUUUAUUUCUGUUACGGUGUAAGGUAUGCAGUCACACAUCAGUUUUUCGCAUUUAACAUGAUUCUGUACCGAAAGUUUCUGCACUUGAAUAAACAUUUGCUGGAUAUAUUCUGCGUUCAUUCAGAGUUUGAUCUUGAUUAUAUCAUUUCUCCUUGGACGAAGACAAAUACAGGAAAUUAUGUUUCAGAGUUUCAAUGUAAACUGCAUUCGGAAGAUUCAUGCAAUUUAACACGGAGGGAGCGAUUAGAAAACAGAAUUAAGCGUAAAUCGGGACUAGCAGCACCAAUGACUUUACAGUUUAAGAGUAGCGUACCUGUCUCUCAUAUACGGAAGGUUCAUUGCCUCCUUCAUGACAUGACAAGGAGUGUCAGUGAGGCAUUUGGUGUACAGAUUGUCGCAGAGGUAACGUUUUCUUUUUUGAACAUUGUGAUGAACACUUACGUCAUGCUGGCUCACUUUCUUCGGACUGGAGCAGUUUCAUGUGGCCCACCGACAGGAGUGGUUUUAUUGGCGUGUCUACCUUGGUCUGUGCUGUCAGUCUGUAGGCUGGCCAUCAUAGCGUGCAGCAGUGAAUCGGUCGUCCAGGAGUCUAAUCACACACUGGAGCUGGUCAACAAGCUCCUCCUACUUCCGUCCAAUGGGGACUACGAUCGCCGCCAGGCUCUGCAGAAGUUCGCCCACCAGCUGCACCAUAGCCGGCUCAGCUACAGCGCUGCUGGACUCUUCUCCAUUGACAGGUCGCUGAUAACCAGCUGUGUGGCCACCAUCACUACAUACCUGGUGAUCCUCAUACAGUUCUCUCUGAAAAAGUUCAGUAGGCAACAAAGAAAUAACUGUAGUUCUUGA